AUGUCUUCUACACCACUUGAGAGCACCAAUCACUUUCUGUUCACUGCUUUUCCAGUCUGGAGCCAUGUUCGAUCGUUUUGUACUUUGGCUGCCCGGCUAGUCAGAGAGUACAACAGCGUAGUGGUUACAAUUAUUCUUUCUCCCGAUCUUUUAGGCAAAGGUCAGGCUGAGGUCGAUGCGGAGCUUGGAUCCGAAGUGUCUGAGAGCACUCGUCGCCGCAUUAGGAUAUUGGCCACGUUUCAGUCUAAAUCCACGGAUAUCUUCAGUCUCUUUCAGCCUCUGGCAGAAACGUAUCCGGCAGCCUAUAAAACACUUUUUGAUGGGAAAUCCAUCUCUUGUUCGGUCAAGGGAACGUUAUUCGACCCCGUUCCUGCUCCACGAGCCGUGAUACUUGAUCCUCUUGCACUCGCACAAAUAGCGUCAACGCGUGCUAUCUCUGGAAACAAUGUCCCGAUAUUUUCCUGGCUUGUAGGACAUGCAGCAACAAUUAUCAGAUUAUUUGGUCCCGAGAAAUAUGGCGGUCUAGACGAUAUAAAGGCCAAAACCGAGGCAGAGGCAGUUCGCAGGGGAGUCAGUCCGGAGGAAAUUGGAGACUCGAUCAUCACCCACACCGAAGGAAAAAUCCUCAAAAUCCCAGGUGCCCCGGAGAUGUACGAUUGGGAAGCUAUGCCCCAGCCUCCCCCUUUCAAAUCCAAUAUGACACCGAUUUUGAAUAUGCAGUAUCAAGGAAUGAGGCAAACCGAUGGAGCUUUCCUCGUCACCGCGUAUGCUUUUGAAAAGGAGUCGAUUGAAGCGCUCAAAUCGUGGCAUUCUGAGAUCAAUAAAGAGGUGUUUGUUGUCGGCCCUUUGCUUCCAUCUAUAGGUGGUGCUGUAUCAGACACGACUCGUGGAUCUUCCGAAACGGAAUUGUUCCUCCAGAACGCGCAAGCUAAAUAUGGAGAACAUUCAGUUAUUUUUAUUUCGUUCGGUACAAUUCAUUGGCCUCAGAAUCAUGAAUACAUCGAAGAAGUUGUUGAGGCUUUGAUAGAGAAGAAUAUUCCUUUCAUAUUUGCAUAUGCUUCACCAAUCGCCCAACUUUCGGAGGAACUGAAAGCGAGGCUGGAAGCAUCUGGGCUUGGACUUAUUUCAAAAUGGCUACCACAGCAGUAUAUUUUGAAUCAUCCUGCUACAGGCUGGUUCGUUACGCACUGUGGUCAAAAUAGCGUUCUAGAAGCUCUCGGUGGUGGAACUCCAAUGAUAUGCUGGCCUGCAGGCGCUGAUCAGCCCAUAGCUGCUCAACAAAUCGAGUCUGUCCUCAAGGUCGGUAUAGAAUUGAUUGAAGUGCGGCUUGGAGAGGAAGGCAUGAAGCCACUGUUACGAAACGGACGCAAGGCUCAAGGCACCCGGAAGGCCGUUGGAAAGGAGUUCAGAGAUGUUUUGGAUUUGUGUAGAAGUGAAGAGGGGGAGGAUCUUAGGAAAAAUGUCCUAGCUAUCAAGGCCCAAUUCUCUGAGUGCUGGGGACCAACUGGCGCAAGUCGGCGAGAAUACGAGUCCUUCUUAAAGAAAUACGGAGUUGGGUUUUGA